AUGUCUCUAGCUCGAGUCGUACAGCAGCCCACCACGCCCAAAACCCCCCAAACACCCACGGCAACAACCGUUCAGGGUAUAGAGACGCCCAACGGAGCCUGGCGCCAUCCCAAAUUCGAUGAGAUUGCCCAGCGCCAGUACGCGACAACAUUUGACCAACAAAACGUCCACACCAUAGUCGUAUCCUCUACUCUCUUGUUCCUCUCCUUCUACGGUAGCGCAAUCACCUCGCAGCUCAAACUCCUCAGCUAUGCGGCCACCCCGAUCAACGCCCUCAUAUCCUACAUCCCUCUCACCUCAUGGAUCCCCCUCCUCAUCCGCACAAUCUUCGUCGCCAACAUUGUUGCAAACCUCUGGCCCUUGAUCCGCCGUUACAAACCCGACGACAUCGUUGACAUCCCCCUCACGCCCUCGCAACGCGCCGCUCUCGGCUUGAAGACCAACGUCCCUUUGGCACAAACCCCCGGCUCCGCCUAUGCGUCCCCAAACUACGUAACACCGCCCCGCUAUGCGCGCUCCACUCCGCGCAGCAGCAGUUUCGGCUCCCAAGAUCACAGUGCAAGUCCGUUUGCAAGGAGCAACUCGGGGAGCCCGUUUAGCCCUGGACAGAGCAACAUGGGCGUCAGUACGAGCAGUCCGUUGUUCCAGCGCGCCAUGGGGUCGUCGGCGAAUAAGCGGGCGAGUUAUAGUGGUGGGAGCGGUGGGGGUGAGCUCGGCAGCAGCUUGUUCAGCGGGAGCGAGAGUAGUGGGCCGGGUACGCCGACGCCCAUGAUGGGCAAAGCAAGUGUGGGCUUGAACAACAAGUGGCUGUAUGAGAAGCGAAGGGAUAGUCCGAGGAGCAGUUUAUUUGCUUGA